CUCUCAGGUGCCAUUAGUGAUCUUCAAACGCGAAAAAGAGAUCUCUCGUCAAUUAGAAUUCGAGGGAAUAUGGGUUACCGAGCAACCGAAUGAAGAUAAUCUGCACGCGCACUGGGACAAAUUGGUUCUUUCGACGCCCAGCUUCCCGGCCAUGUAUUGGGAUAAAUUCGUGAAGAAAAAGGUGCUCAAUAAGUAUGCUGAACAAUACGAUGCAAACGAGAUACGCAAUCUACUUGGGAUGCAAGUAACUGAGGGCGAGCCGAGCGGGAAGGGAGGCAUGAAAGGUGAAAAGUCCAGUGGUAGUUCACGGCUAUCUUGGCUACGUCUGUAA